AUGGUGACCGGCGUCGGCGGCGGCGUCACGCGGUUCAAGGCCGGCGACACGGUCGGCGUGGGCUACUUCGUCGGCUCCUGCCGCUCCUGCGACAGCUGCGGGAAGGGGAACGAGAACUACUGCGCCGGGGUCGUGCAAACCUCCAACGGCGUCGACCACGCGCACGGCGGCGUGCCCACCAGGGGGGUGUUCUCCGACGUCAUCGUCGUGAACGAGCACUACGUGGUCCGGGGGGGUGUUCUCCGACGUCAUCGUCGUGAACGAGCACUACGUGGUCCGCGUCCCGGACGUCCUGGCGCUGACCGCACCGCGCCGCUGCUCUGCGCCGGCGUCACCGUCUACAGCCCCAUGAUGCGCCACGGCCUCAACGAGGCCGGCAAGCACCUCGGCGUCGUGGGGCUCGGCGGCCUCGGCCACGUCGCCGUUAAGUUCGGCAAGGCGUUCGGGAUGAAGGUCACCGUCAUCAGCGCGUUCGGGAUGAAGGUCACCGUCAUCAGCAAGCGCCAGGAGGCCAUCGAGCACCUCGGCGCCGACGAGUUCUUGAUCAGCCGGGACCCGGAGCAGAUGAAGGCGGCGACGGGCACCAUGGACGGCAUCAUCGACACGGUGUCAGCGUGGCACCCGAUCACGCCGCUGCUUGCGCUGCUGAAACCGUUGGGGCAGAUGGUGAUCGUGGGCGGGCCGAGCAAGCCGCUGGAGCUGCCGGCGUACGCCUUCCUGCCAGGCGGGAAGGGCGUGGCUGGGAGCCUUGUCGGCAGCGUCGGGGACUGCCAGGCCAUGCUUGAGUUCGCGGGGAAGCACGGCAUCGGCGCCGAGGUGGUGGUCAUCAAGAUGGACUACGUCAACACGGCGAUCGAGCGGCUCGAGAAGAAUGACGUCCGCUACCGCUUCGUCAUCGACGUCGCCGGCAGCCUCGGCUCUGCCGCCUAG